AAAAAGAAUUCCAGGAUAUAUCUACACCUUCACUAAUUAACGUGCAACAUUUAAAUAUUAACGACAAUAUACAACAUCAUAACGAAUUUGAAGUCAAAAAUCCCAUCUUUAUUUCUUCACCUUCUACAUUAAUAAACCCUUUUGCUGAAGUUUCGAAUUUGUCAGAGAGUGCGUUUGAUCACGAAAAAG